UUGAGUCUGAAAAUUAAAAUCCAUCAGGGGUUGCUUGGCAAGUACACACAUGCCGCUCACUGUUGCCUGCUUUCAACCAAAGCCCCUGCAGCUACGCGGUGUUAUGACUUCGUAAUUCCUGAAUAACUGAACAUUUUCCUGCCUUCAGCCGAAUUCACUCCAACCCCAGUUGACUUCUGCAGCAGUAGGUAGCGGCUUCAUGGAGAAAGACUUACCGAUGCCAUCUGGUGAUGCAGGGCCGAGUGCUGAUAAAGAAUUAGGGGCUGCGGACUCGGCCCUGCCAGGGAAUAUGCAGCCUCACAGUCGUCCGGGAGAGCAUGCUGUGUCGGUUCUUUGGUCUUUCGGAAAGUGCCUGGGUGCUUUACUGCCUGUGUAUCUGGCAGGCUACUUCGGAUUCAGUGUCAGUCUAGUCUUGUUCGGUCUUGUCAUCUACAUGGGAUGGAAGCACAGCCGGGAUGAAAAACACUCUCGUCUGCAAUCAGCCAUGUACUUACUGGAAAACGAACAAGACAUUACCACCACACGGGUUUUUAGGAGUAAACGCGAUUUGCCAUCAUGGGUUAAUUUCCCUGAUGUGGAGAAGGUUGAAUGGAUCAAUAAGAUUAUCCAGCAGGCCUGGCCCUUCAUUGGGCAGUAUUUGGAGAAGCUGCUGGUGGAAACCAUCGCUCCCUCCAUUAGAGCCUCCAGCACACACCUGCAGACCCUAAGCUUCACCAAGGUUGAUCUCGGAGACAAGGCCAUGAGAGUGGUUGGCGUGAAGGCCCAUACAGAGCAUGACAAACGCCAGGUGAUGCUGGACCUCUACAUCAGCUUUGCCGGAGAUGUGGAGAUUAACGUUGAGGUGAAGAAGUACUUUUGCAAAGCAGGAGUCAAAGGCAUACAGCUCCAUGGCAAGCUGAGGGUGAUCCUGGAGCCUCUGAUUGGGGAUAUUCCUCUAGUGGGUGCCAUCACCAUGUUCUUCAUCCGCAGGCCUAAGCUUGAUAUCAACUGGACGGGGCUAACCAACAUGCUAGACAUCCCUGGGCUGAAUGCAAUGUCGGACACUAUGAUAAUGGAUGCUAUCGCCUCUUACCUGGUCCUUCCCAACCGCCUCACUGUGCCCCUGGUGGCUGACCUGCACGUUGCGCAGCUCCGCUCCCCUCUCCCACGGGGGAUUGUGCGCAUCCAUCUGCUGGAGGCUGAGAACCUAGCGGCUAAGGACAACUACAUCAAGGGCGUGUUGGCAGGGAAGUCAGACCCCUACGCCGUGCUCAGGGUGGGCACCCAGACCUUCACCUCACGCCACGUGGACAACAACCUCAACCCCCAAUGGCGUGAGAUGUAUGAGGUCAUUGUCCAUGAAGUGCCUGGACAGGAGUUGGAGGUGGAGGUGUUUGACAAAGACCAUGACCAGGAUGACUUCCUGGGGAGAGUCAAGCUGGAUUUGGAUAUAGUAAGGAAAGCCAGACUUUUGGAUGAGUGGUUCCCUCUGAAGGACGCUCCCUCGGGCCAGGUGCACCUGCGUCUGGAGUGGCUCUCUCUGCUGCCCUCUGCUGAGCGUCUGAGUGAGGUGCUGCAGAGGAACCAAAACCUCACCAUCUCUAGCAAGACAGCAGAGGCCCCCUCUGGAUGUAUUCUGGUGGUGUAUCUGGACCGAGCCCAGGACCUUCCGAUGAAGAAAGGCAAUAAGGAUCCCAGCCCCAUGGUGCAACUGUCUGUGCAAGACACCACUCGAGAGAGCCGGACUGUGUUUGGAACCACCGACCCUAUAUGGGAGGAUGCCUUCACCUUCUUCAUCCAGGACCCUCUCAAACAGGACUUGGACAUUCAGGUGAAGGACGACGACAGGUCCCUGUCCCUGGGCAGUCUGGCCAUCCCUCUGGACCGCCUGCUGGUCACCCCAGAGCUUACGAUGGACCAGUGGUUCCAGCUGGAGAACUCAGGCUCGGCCAGCAGGCUCUACCUCAAAGCUGUGCUUAGGUUGCUUUGGCUGGAUGAAGACGCUAUUCCCAUCAGCCCUGUUUCUCCAUGUCCCACGUCCCCUGGGUCAGGCCAUGGCGAAGGGGGCGUGAUCUCAGAGGUGACCCCAGGUGGCUCCAACUUGUCCCCCAACCCCUGUGUGACGCGACCUAAAAACACCAGCCCAGAUGAAGACUUCGCCACUGAGGGCGUCUUGAGGAUCCAUCUGGUGGAGGCCGAGAACCUCGUCGCCAAGGACAGCUUCAUGGGCCGGAAGGGGAAGAGCGACCCCUACGUCAAGGUCCGCGUGGGUGGUGUGACCUUCAAGAGUCACGUGAUCAAAGAGAACCUCAACCCCACCUGGAAUGAGAUGUAUGAGGUGAUCCUGACCCAGCUCCCGGGACAAGAGGUGCAGUUUGAGUUGUUUGACAAGGACUUUGACCAGGAUGACUUCCUCGGCAGAUUCAAGAUUAAUCUAAGAGACCUUAUCACCGCACAGUUCAAUGAUCAGUGGUACACUCUGAAUGACACGGAGUCGGGGCGAGUUCACCUGGUGAUGGAGUGGUUGCCCAGAGUAACAGAUCUGACAAGACUGGACCAGAUCUUACAGCUCCAGUCCCAGCAGGCGUAUCAGAAUAAGGUGGUGUCCUCUGUAGCCCUGCUCUUUGUCUAUGUGGACAGGGCCCAUGGUCUGCCGCUGAAGAAGAGUGGCAAAGAGCCCAAGGUCGGGGCAGAGAUCUCACUAGAGGGCGUUUCAUACCGGACUAAGGUUUGUGAUCGUUCUACCUCUCCUCGGUGGGAUGAAGCUUGUCACUUCCUGGUUCGUGACCCCAAAAAGGACAUCCUCACAGUGAAGCUUUCCCACAGCUGGGGCCAGGCUCUGGGUGCCCUGGUGUUGCCACUGAGGGAGAUGCUGGCUGAGCCUGACCUGGUGCUGGACUGCUGGCUGCCUCUGGAUGGCGCUCUCCCAGAGAGUGAGAUCCUUCUGAGGGCUGAAGUCAAGUUACUGGACUCGAAGUUAGUGGAGUGCCUCAAGGCGAGUUGUGAUGACGUCACAGACGGAGACGAGAUAGAGGAAGCAGAUCACGUCAUUCCCAGCAGAGACUCAGACGUGGCGGCCAACCUUAGGCACAGAGCAGUGCCUACCAACGCAGGAGAUGGUAUGAGCGAUGAUGGAGGAGGUGGACAGGUGAAGCUCUCUCUCCUCUACUCUUCUGAGGAGAGCCGACUGGUCAUCACAGUCUAUGCCUGCAGAAACCUGACUGCCUGCACCAAAGAUGGAUCCGACCCCUACGUCUCCUUCAUCCUUUUCCCAGACAAGAGCAGAACCACCAAACGGAAGACCAGCGUGAAGAAGAAAGACCUCAACCCUGAGUUCAAUGAGAGGUUUGACUUUGACCUGUCACUGGAGGAGGCCACGCAGAGAAGACUGGACCUGUCGGUGAAACACAGUGUUUCCUUCAUGAGUCGUGAGGAACUCAUCGGAAAACUGCAGCUUGAGCUGGACCAGGUUGACCUCAGCUCAGGGGUCACACAGUGGUACGCCUUGGCCGAGGAGACCACCUAAUGGGAAUUCAAGUGGACUUGAUGAUGAUGCCUUUAAAGUCUCUGUCUGCUCCUGCUUUAUCUACUCUUAAGCUUCUGCUGUAUGUUGCAAAUGUCACUUUUGUAACUUUGAAGUUGUGUGUAGCAUUAGAGUAACGGGAUCACUGCUGAGGAAGGACAAAGGUAUCAUAUCACUUCAGUGUGGUCAUUCAUCAGGGGAAUACCUUCUAUUUGUCUGAACAGGGAGGUUGUUUACUGUCAAUCAGGAAAAAAACAACGAAAGGGGUAUUAUAUCACAUUUGCACUAGCAAAAUGCGUUUAGAUUGAUGUUAACAUGCAAACACAAGUGUUUUACAUUCAGUCCUCCUGUGGUGAAGUCUUAACCUUGUCAGUAUUUUCAGGUACAAUGUGGCAACUACUUAAUUCAUUUUCUCGGGUGUUCUUGACUGAGCACCUUUUGUUAAGUGCUCACUGAACGACUGUGUAGGUACAUUGUACAACACAGUGCGUACAUAUUCAUAGGAUGUGUAACUACAAUUCUCAUCAACUCAAAACCAAAGAUAGCUCAUUUUUCAAAAGGAACGAAUUACACAACCAAACUCCGACAGACACAUUCCUCACUUGAUGUAGUUACACAGACCAUGAAUAUGUCUGUCCAGAAGAGCACAUGACCCUCACAGACAUUACAGCUGGUGCAUGUGGAUAGAAAUUAUGCAAUGGCAGGUACAGUAUCACCAGUAGCAAACAGCAGGUUAGUAAUAGAUUAUAAUUAUUUUUGUUUGCUUUUUGUCGUUCCGUGUUACAGUUUUAAAUGUUUGCACUUUUAUGCCUUCUCCGUUGCUGGAAAGUGCACAGUCUUGACUGAAAAUAAUGUAAUUUGAAAGAAAAACUUUUAUUUGAACUGAAGGAACUCUGUUUUAUGUGUUAGGGGUCUUCAAAAGUAGCUGAUGAGGCUUUGUCAUACAGUGUUAUUAAAUGUCUCUGUCACCUUAGCAACAUUCAUAUCAGAAAGGUCUGAAUCACUGUGCUUGGUUCUGCAUUCCUUGCUAAUGGAGUGUAGAAUAGAAUAUUCUAGAAUAUUCUAGAAUAGAAGUGUGCUAUUAUGUGUAUUUGCUCAAUCUCUUCUGAAGGCAGCCUUACAGUGCCAAGUUGUAAAUGACUGUGGUGGUGUUGUGACCAGCAGCUUGAAAGAUAGAUAUAAAAAAAUCAGCAAGAAACUGUUUUGUGUGAAUGGGGGAGAAAGUUAUUUUUCGACAGAAAGGGAAUGGGGUGGUAGGAAUGUCAGCUAGUAUGGUUAACACUUCAUCAUGAAUGCCUGUCUUGAUUGAUUAAACUUUAUUUGCACUUUAAA